GUCACCAGCGGUUUUUCGGGUUGAUCCGACUUCUUUUGGCUGCCGUGAGUUCACUGUAUUGUAAAGGGUACUGUGAAUCCUAGAGGAAGGGGGGGGUUGAUUUGGCAAAAAAAAAUCUCCCGCUUGGGUACACAUCCGGAGUCUCGACGAUCAUAAUUCACCGCACCAUUUACCUUUUAAAAUACUGAGUUUUAUUGUUUUUAUUAAUUUAUUGUAUUUCUCUUAGUUUAUGGUUUACGUUAACACUCCGGGAGGGCAGAAAUGGCGGCCAACAUGUACCGGGUCGGAGAUUAUGUAUUCUUUGAGAACUCCUCCAGUAACCCUUACCUGAUCCGGCGAAUAGAAGAACUCAACAAGACGGCCAGUGGAAAUGUGGAGGCCAAGGUGGUUUGUUUCUACAGAAGGAGAGACAUCUCCCACAGCCUCAUCCAGCUCGCAGACAAACACGCAAAGGAGUUGGAAGAAGAGAAGGAGAGCCCGGUAGAGACAGAUAUGUCAGAUAAACAGAAACACCAGCUUCGCCACAGAGAGCUCUUUCUCUCCCGGCAGUACGAAAGUCUACCUGCAACACACAUCAGGGGGAAGUGCAGUGUAGCGUUAUUGAAUGAGACAGAAGCCGUUCUUUCAUACCUUGACAAAGAGGAUACGUUCUUCUACUCGCUGGUGUACGACCCAACACAGAAAACCCUUCUGGCCGACAAAGGAGAAAUCAGAGUGGGACCGCGCUUUCAGGCAGACGUACCUGAAAUGCUACCAGAGGGUGAGGCAGAUGACAGGGACCAGUCCAAGCUGGAGGAGAAGCUGUGGUAUCCAGAGUGUCCGCUCUCCAGCAAACAGAUAGACCAAUUCCUAGUGGUGGCACGAGCGGUCGGGACCUUUGCUCGAGCGUUAGACUGCAGCAGCUCAGUCAGACAGCCGAGUUUACACAUGAGUGCAGCCGCAGCCUCACGAGAUAUCACACUGUUCCAUGCGAUGGACACAUUGCAUCGCCAUAACUACGACCUGUCCAGUGCGCUGAGUGUUCUGGUGCCGGCCGGCGGCCCCGUGCUCUGCAGGGAUGAGAUGGAGGAGUGGAGCGCCUCGGAGGCCGCCAUGUUCGAAGAGGCACUAGAGAAAUACGGAAAAGACUUCAACGACAUCCGACAAGACUUUCUGCCAUGGAAGUCUCUGACUAGUAUCAUCGAGUACUACUACAUGUGGAAGACCACAGACAGAUAUGUGCAACAGAAGAGACUGAAGGCAGCAGAGGCAGAGAGCAAACUGAAGCAGGUUUAUAUCCCCACAUAUAACAAGCCCAACCCCAACCAGAUCUCACUGACCAAUGGCAAGAUGGCGACAGUGAAUGGAGCGGGGCCCGGGGCCUUCCAUGUAGCAGGCGGGGGCAGAGCCUGCGAGAGCUGCUAUACCAUGCAGUCGGCCCAGUGGUACUCGUGGGGCCCUCCCAACAUGCAGUGCCGCCUCUGCGUUUCCUGCUGGAUGUACUGGAAGAAGUACGGAGGCCUGAAGAUGCCAAGCAGAGCCGAGGUCCCAGAGGAGAGUACCUCCCCCAGUCCAGUACCUACUGAGCCUCGCUCUCGGGGCCACACUGCUCGCCAGUCCAACCACAUGAUACCCAUGCGAAACAGCGGCAGCCCCAAGUCCAACAUGAAGACCAAGCAGGCCUUCCUGCUGCAGGCCACCCGCCUCACCAAGCUGGCCCGGCACAUGUGCCGUGAUGUCAUCAGGCUGCGCCGCGCAGCGCGCCGGCCCUUUAUCCCCAUUAACUGUGGGGCCAUAAAGGCAGAGUAUAUGUUAAGGGUCUCAGAAGGGCAGGGGACUCGCCUUCCCAAAACCAGAGCCCCCCAGAGGAGCACUCUUACCAGUGUGGUGCAGUUUCUAGAGUCCCGCCCAGCAGCCCAAGCCCCUCGCUCCCACCGCACCCCGGGCCUGCAGACGCCCCCCCCUCGACGCCUCCUCUCCUCUCUCCCACACGGCCCCCACGGCAUGCUGGGAAAACGCAGCUACCAUCACCACAGCAGGGCUGAGCCAGACAGACGCUCAGAUAACCCUGGUACAACAGGUGGACCCCCCCUGCAUAACGGCCGCAGCAGCAGCAGUGGAAACAGCCGGGGAGGAGUGACGAUCCGUAAGAGGCGCCCCAACUGGAUCGAUGCCCCUGAUGACAGCUUCUUUCUUGUUACCCGGGAGACCAGGUAAGCAAAGGAGGGCCAGGCGGCUGCUGUCCCGCACCCAGCUGAGGCACGCUUGUCGGCAGCCAUGCGAGCAGAUCACCUUGCGCAGGGUCACCCAGGGCCUGCCGCAGGGGCUGGUCCUCGCCCCUCCGCACCCCCACCCCAGCCUGAGGAUGCGAGGCCCUAUCGUCAUCCACGACUGACCCUACACUGACCCUCUGACCCCCCUGCUGCAUACAUACUAACAGAUUCUCACCUCAUAUUCUAUCAUUAAAUUCCUUUAUUCCUUUAAAACGCCGUAAUAAUCCUGAACUCUAAAAUAAGAUGGCAACAGAAGGAUGUAAUGAGCCGUGAUGCAAUAGAAACACCUGACCUGACUGCAAGUGCUGCCUGAAUUUAUUCCUGGGAAUGUGUUUUCAGGUGUAAAUAUUUGGGUGCAUGCAAGUGUGUGGCAGAGAGAGAGAGAGUGUGUGUGCGUGUGUGUGUGUGUGAGCGAGGGGAUGUUGAGCCAUGUGCUGUUCUUAGUUUUUUAUGGUUGGACAUAACGACAGAUCUUUUAUGUGACUUCUUUGUGUUGAUCGUGAAUUGUUGUGAAGUUUUAUCAGUUUGUAUAAAGUUAUUUUGGGUGGGGGCAUGGGGUUGGAUUAUGAUUAGGGUUGGGGUGGGGGGUGGGUUUGCAUUUGUGGGGUUCUUUCAAUUUUGGAGAAGAGGCAAGUGUCCAACGCUGACGUUAAAAAGAGAAUGCACUAAGAAGACUGAACGAGCGGCCUUUCUUUUAAAAAAUGGCUGCUUUUAAUUAUGUUUUACCUGCAGUUUUUCACCCUCUUUUUAAAUCAAGGAGCUGGAGCUGGUGUUCAAUAAUAAUGACCUGGUGACAUUACUUUACAAAUCUGCAGGCUUGAAAAUAUAACAAGGCAAAGAUAUAGAGAGCUUACAUGAUACGCCUCUGUGAUGAAUCACUGUAUAAUAUAUGGUAUAUCUCAUUAAAGUACUGUAAAUCUACUCAUCGUAUUUCUAUGGCCGACUGUACCUACCUAGCCCUAACAUGGGUACUAGAGCACUUCCUUUGCAACAGAAAAGGGCAUGGAUCUGUCACACUUUCCUCAAGGCUGGGAUGCACCGGCAUCGUUUUGAGGCUUUUCCAUGAGCUCUUUGCUAAUAUUCCCUCAUUGUUCUUUAAAGCCAAUUGUCAAGUCCAUCCAGUUCCUUCUGCAUGUUGCCAGAGGGCGUUGCCUCAAACAUGCCAGGUUAACAAACCCAGCCUUCAGGUGUGUUUAAUUAUGAGUUUUUAAACUGGCAUUGCCGACGCAUGUCUUUGAGGUGAGAGCCUCCGCUGAUGAUUUCCUCUCUUUCAUUCAGAAUGUUUAUGUUAGUGUUUCCUGUGUGUCAUGUGUUGAAUUAUGAAUAUGAUGAGAAUAAUAAUAAUAAAACAACACAAUACAAGAUGA